CGGCCGCGUCCCUUUCCUUUCUUCCCUCUCAAAUUUUCGUUUUUCUUUUUGUUCUGUAGCGGAAACAACCAAAUUUGGGAGUUUUUGAGUUUUCCCUCCCUUUUCAAAAUAUAUAUUCAAAUCCCUCCAAUUUCCUCCCCCCUUUGAUUUUCGUCUUCCCUCUUGUUUUCCGAUUCCCCCCAUCAAAUUUCGUAUCCAAAUUCCCUCUCUUUCCUCUUUCCAAUCAACAUCCACAAACCCCAUCUCUGUUUCUUGUCAUUAGACGCCGUCUUGUUGAAUUGAGCUUAAUUAUCUCUUCUAAUGGCUACCCAUCUCGCAGAAUCGCAAGAAGUUGAUCGUUUUUUGUUUCCUCCUUUAGAAAUUCAAGGUGGGUCUUGGCCCUCCACUGCUGCAGAAGCCCUAUCUUCCCGGAAUGGGGAUUUUCCAUUUUCGCCUAUCGAACGCUCUCGCUCUGCUAAUCAGUCUUGGGGUUCUUCUUCGUUAAACCCUAUUGGGUCUUCGUCAAUUUCAACUCACUCUUCUAAUUCAGAAGGAGCCGUUUCUCUGUUCGUUGACAAUUCGUCGAAUGGUUCUUUGCUCGGGUCGUCUUCAGAGGAGAGUUUCCUAGGAGGUUCAGUGGCUGCCCAAGAAACCAAAUCUUUAUCAGCGGGUGCGGGGCUUGCAAAUUUGGGCAAUACUUGUUUUAUAAACGCAAUAUUGCAGUGCUUCACUCAUACUGCUCCAUUUGUGGAGGGUCUUCGAUCUGCCAAUCAUGAAAUUCCUUGUAAAAGGGAUGGUGAGGAUUUUUGUGUUCUUUGUGCCAUUCGAGAUCAAAUCGAGCUUUCAUUGACUACUUUAGGUGGGAUUAUCUCCCCACUUAAAAUUGUCAAUAACUUGAGCUAUUUUUCAUCUUGUUUCCGGAGAUACCAGCAGGAAGAUGCUCAUGAGUUCAUGCAGUGCUUCUUGGAUAAACUAGAGACAUGCUUGGAGUCAGAAGCAAAGGAUCAAGUUUUGUCUGAGGAUGACGGUAUAGUGAAUAAGGUGUUUGGCGGUCGUCUCAUAAGCAAGCUGUGCUGCUGUGAGUGUGGCCAUUGUUCUGAAACCUACGAGCCUUUGGUUGACCUAAGUUUGGAGAUCGAGAAUGUUGACUCUGUUACAAGUGCACUGGAGUCUUUCACCAUGGUGGAGAGGAUAGGAGAUCCAGAGGCAAAAUUCAAGUGUGAAAACUGCAAAGAAGAAGUGUUAGUGGAGAAGCAGCUUAAGCUGGAAAAGAUCCCUUUGGUUGCAACAUUUCACUUGAAGAGAUUCAAGGCUGAUGGCUCUUUUGUUGAGAAAAUUGACAAGCACGUGGAGUUUCCGUUAGAAUUGGAUUUGCAGCCGUACACCAUAGGAGGCCAUGAUGAUAAGGUGGAGCUCAAGUAUGAAUUAUAUGCAAUUGUGGAACACACAGGGUUUUCCUCGACUUCUGGGCAUUACUUCAGCUUUGUUCGUAUGUCUCCCGAUACAUGGCACAGAAUGGAUGACUCAUUGGUUACUCGGGUGAGCGAAGAUUAUGUGCUGUCACGGGAGGCCUACAUUCUAUUAUACAAGAGGAAGGGAACUUUGUGGUUUUCAAGUUUAAUAGAACAACCAGAUCCGUGCUUGAAUUCAGAUUCCUCAAAUACAUCCCCCAAGUCGGUUUUGGAAAAUAUCGAUAAUGUCUGCCCUUCACUUGCUGCUGCUGAAUCUAAAGUCAACAACUGUGAAACAACCAAUGCAUCUGCUGGUUCUUCAGGAAUGAAUCCUGCUAAGUUCUCUGGUGAAAUGGGAGUCAAAGAGGAGGCAGGUGCUUACGAUUUGGGAAAUGCUACUUCUGCUAAUUUCCAUAUAUUUGAGAGUGCAAAAACUAAAUCUUCUCCGGUUGUAAACGAGAACCUCCGAUCGAACGACAAAGAUGGAUGUGGCGAUGGUUCUCAUCAUUUAAUGCCACCAAGAUCUCCCUGUCCUGAUACUAUUUUACAGACUCCAGAACCACAAUAUCGAAUCUCAACCGAUCAUCUGAAGACAGAAAAAUGCACAACGUCUGGAAGGCCAUCGAACAAGGGGGUGGAUGAUUCCGAAAGAAAAGCAGCCCUGAGGUACAUUAGGAAAAGCAUGCCGAGUUCAAGAGGGUCGAAAAUGAUAGCUGCAAUAUUCGGACCUCAAAGUGAAGGCCCCUUGAACAAGAAGAAGAGGCUGAGGUCAUUGCCAUGUAAGAAGUCGAGCCCGCCUAAUAAUCGCCGUAAAACAAGUCAUAGCUCUGUGAUGCGCUUCGUGGCUGCCGAAAACUAAAGCAAAGCGAAGCGAACCAAGUUGAUAGACUUUGCUAAGUAGUUUCCCUGCCCUUUAACAUUCCGCUCUCAGGUUGUAUGGGCUCUUUUUUUGGUUGUUUUAGAGGUAAAUAUGUGGUGGAAGACCUUAUAUUUAUUUCUAGCUAUAAUAAACUCAAGUUUUGGGUUCGGGUUCGACCUCGGUUGAACAAUGGAUGUUUCUUCAAUCUGUACAGAGAACAUUUUGAAUUCUGGUGGCCAACAUGAUGUUUAUAUAAUCAAAUUCCUGUGUGGUUGAAAACA